CUUUCAUUUGUGAAUCCACAAAUUUAAUUUCCUUCAUAUCCUAAUUAUUUACAUUUAUUUGAGCAAGGAUCAACAAUUUAACAACUUUAAAGGUCCGGUAAUUUACAUUUUUAAUCCCCUGUAUAUCCUAAAUAUUUACAUCCUAAAUUACAUAAACUUAUUUUCUCGCAUAAAUAAUCUUAGGGUAAUUCACAUUCAUUAUAAUCAUUUAAAACCAUCCCAACAGACUCCAAGCAUGCAAAUGAGCAUUUUUAUUACUAAUAAUUUUAUGAUUCUAUUUGCAAAUUUAAAUUUAAAGUUAAGCAUUCCUUAACUGAAGGCAUAUAACAUUAAUCUUUUCCUUUAAAACCUAAUUCUAUACAUACAUCAGAGCAAGGUUAUUGACUUAUACAUUAAUCUUUAGAAGGAUAAAUACAUUUAUCAUUUUAUAAAAUAAAACCUUUCAAUAUACAAGCAAUGGCACAACUAAUUUAUAACAAACAUUCUUAAAUACUCGGUAAAUAACAUAUUUCCAAUUUUUCUUCAUAUUUCAAGCAUAUAUUAUUAUUAUUUAUAUUACAAUAUUAUUAAUCACUAUCCUAAAGUAAAUUUGUUUAUAUAAUAAAACCAUGUUCUUUGCAUAAAUUUGUACAAGGAUAAGAAUAUAAGCAAUCAUAUGGGCUUGGAUAUUUACAUUUAUUAUUAUUUUCUUAAUCUAUUAAAAAACCUUAAUAUAUACAUUAUUGACUACAAAAAUUUUCUAAAAGACAUUGAUCAUGAUUUUUUAAACUGCAUUUUUAAGAAUUUUCGUUUUUUAUUAAAUUCCUUAAUUUUAUACAAACAUCACUGCAAUAAUCUAAUUAUUAGCAUUCUAAAAUUUCCGGAAUUCUACAUUAUCCAACCCCUUAAAAUCCAUAUUUUCUACAUAAUUCGUUACAUAUAUCAAUCUCAAGACAAUCUUCAAUCGAAGGUUCUUUGCAUUUACUUGAAUCUUCGGAAAAUUUUAGAUAUCCUAAAGAAAAACACGCAGUUUUUUGAAAUGAGCACCCUUCUUCUGAUAAUAGGCAGUCCUAGGGAUUAAAACAAAUUAAAGAAUUAUCUGAUGCUUGUAUAUAACCUGCUUUAAUGCACGGAUUAUUGA